UCCAUUGUCGAAACUCGAAACGCACCUCUCCUCUCCUCUGCUCUCUCCUUGUCAAACCCUAAAUUACUUGGUCCUUCCUCUCUUCCUCGAUUCACUGCCAAACAAAUUCACGCGGGAAAUCGAAGACCACGAGCUUAACCCGUUUUGCUGAUUAAGAGUUUCUAUAUAUCUCUGGUCGCUAUAAGGGCGAAUUGCGAUGAGAUCUGCCUUGUGAAAAAACAAUAUUCCAAUUGGGUUCUUUCUACGAAUUGCAGUUUGAUCUAAAACAAAAAAAAUUAUGGAAUCAGAUAGCGUUAAGUUUGGAGGUCCGAGAGAAGUGGGUGGUGCUGUAGAUCUUAUAACGCAAUACAAGCUGUUGCCACACCAUGAAUUCUUUUGCAAGAGGUCCCUUCCUGAGUCACUUUCAGAUGCUCAUUAUCUUCACAAUUUGGUGGGAGACACUGAGAUUAGAAAAGGAGAAGGGAUGCAAUUGGAUCAGCUUCUUCCCAAUGCAUCACUUGGCCGGGAUACUAUUGCUCGCAUCCAACCUUUUGUUCUAGAUGAACUUAAAGAGGCUUUUGAGCUUAAUGACACUGCUCCUGUUGAAUUGCCUCUGGCAGAGAAGGGAGCUCCUACCAUUGCGUCAAAAUCGAAAAGUGAGUCAAAAGAUAAGGACAGGAAGCAUAGGAAACAUAGAGACAAGAACAAGGAGAAAGAUAGGGAACAUAAGAAGCACAAACACAAGCAUAAAGAUAGGAGCAAAGAUAAGGAUAAAGACAAGGAUCGAGAUAGAAAGAAGGAAAAGAGUGGACACCAUGAUAAGAAAAGGAAAAGCAAUGGGGAUGCAGAUCUUGAUGAUGUUCAGAGGCACAAAAAGAGUAAGCAUAAGAGCUCAAAGCCUGAUGAGAUGGGAGCGAUGAAGCUUGCUGGCUGAAGCAAUGGACAAUCUCGUUUUUGUAUUGCACACCUCAAUACGGUUGUGGAGAGGUUUACUUAACUCACUGGUGACAAAUUUGUUAGGUACAAUGUCUAAAAAAAAUAAAAUACAUUGUGGGAGGGACGAAGCAAUCAAAGUUUGGGGAGAAGAAUCACAACUUGUAUUAUAAUUUGAUUUGGUGGCACGCUUUGUACAUUUUGUUGUGAACAAGUUAUGAAGUUUAUCCAUUUUAGUGACUAUUUUAAUAGAAAUAUUUUGAGCUACA